AAUAGUUUGAAUUAAACACAAACAUGAAGGUAUUACAAAUCUCACUUAUUUUGUGGGUUACACCUUUAUUAUCUUCAUGUUCCACAGAUGACAGCUGUAGUUCUAAGUCAGGAACGGUUGCAGAUAGUGAAAUUCGUCACUGUACACAAAAGGAGAGUGAAGAUAUAGGUAUAACCGAAAAUGAACGCAGAAUAUUGCUAAUAGGCCGGACUGGAGUCGGCGAAAGUACUACUGGAAACACAAUACUGGGGAAGGACGUUUUUGUGGCAGAUACUUCGGGCGAGUCAGUAACGAGAAAAACGGAAUAUGCGCGUUCACUGAGUUACGGAAGAAAUCUUUUAGUUGUUGACACUACAGGAUUGUUUGAUACAAGUAUACCUAAUAAUGUAGCUAUGAAAGAGAUUGCACAAUGUUACAGUCAAACAGCUCCGGGAUUACAUGCUUUCAUUUUUGUCAUUGAGAUUGGACGAAUCACCAAACAGGAAAAGGAUACAUUUGACUUUUUUCUCACACAUCUUGGAAAAGAUGUAAUUGAUUAUAUGAUUGUACUAUUUACUGGAAAAUAUAAACUGGAUUUUCAAAACAAAACGAAUCAACAAUUUGUCGCAAACUUAAAGACGAAACCUGAUCUUACAUGGCUGCUUAACCGUAUCAAACAUCGCUAUACAGUGUUUGGAUAUAGCGGUAAUCGUGCUGAGCGUGAGGAAGAAGUAAAAGAACUUCUACAAAUGAUCGACGACCUUGUCAAAGAAAACGAAGGGAAAUAUUAUACAAAUGACAUGUAUAAAAGAACGGAAAAAUUAUUAAAAGAAAGAUGGGAAGAGGAAAAACGAAAGGAAACAGAAAAACUUGAUAAAGAAAUAGAAUCAACUUAGAAAUCUGUUCAAAAAGAGUUUGAAGAAAAACAAAAGGAACUUGAAAAAAAUGUUGAAAGUCAGAAGACUGAACAUGAAAAUGAAAUGAAAUUAUUGAAUUUUAAAUUUAACGAACAAGAAUCUGAUAUUGAGAAGAUAAAAAACCAAAAUAAACAGGACCUUGAAGAAAUGCGAAGAGAAAUAAAGCAAAGAGAAACGGAAUUAAAAAUUCGUCGUAUAGAAAUGGAAAGAGACAUUGAAAAAAAAAGGUUGCGAGAGGAAGCUGAAAGAAAAUUGAAUAGUCAAGAAAUGACUUUUAGAGAGGUACACAGAUCUGAUCCUGGCUUUUUUUAGCAGGCUCUCGGGGUAGGAUGAAGGGUUUUUGGAGCUGCUGUAGACGCUGUUAAGGGGAUUGUUAAUUUUUUUGGAAGUUUUUUUUAAAGUAUAUAAAA